AUGGGGUUGGGAUCGCUUGCUUCGAGGGCCAUGCGGCCCACAGCGUCAAGGCUCCUCAGCUCCCAAAACCCUAGACCCUUCUUCUCUUUCCACAGAGCGGUCUCAACCACUCCGGAGCUCCAGAACGCCGACCAAUCCGCCUCCGCGGCCCAGCCCGAGCCCGCCGCCGAUCUUCCUCCCCGGACCCCUGUGGCCGGGGCCCGAGUCCACUUCCCCAACCCGGAAGAUGCCAUCGAGGUCUUCGUCGAUGGUUACCCGGUCAAAAUCCCCAAGGGAUUCACUGUGUUGCAGGCCUGUGAGGUCGCCGGCGUUGACAUCCCUAGGUUCUGCUACCACAGCCGGUUAUCGAUCGCUGGUAAUUGCCGGAUGUGUCUCGUAGAAGUUGAGAAGUCGCCGAAGCCCGUCGCCUCUUGUGCCAUGCCUGCUAUGCCUGGCAUGAAAAUUAAGACUGAUACUCCAAUAGCCAAGAAGGCUCGAGAAGGAGUGAUGGAGGUGGAGAGUGUGAUCUGCAGGAUCAGUCUAUGGCCUUUGGAUCUGAUCGCGGCCGUCCACUAG